CAAAACAAAUAACACGGGAUGAGAGAUGAAAUAAGUUUCUCUCUCAUUGAAAGUUUUAAUUUUAUUAAAAUUUGUUUUCAAUUUAAUAACAGUUAUAUAAUGGUGAAAUACUGCUGCAUUUGCAAGGACAAAUGGACAACGGAAAAGGACAUAUCAUUUUUUAGCUUUCCAAAAUCGGAAGAUAUGUUAAAGGAAUGGCUGCGUGUUAUACCAACAGUGAAGGAAUAUCGAUCACAUUUACGAGUGUGCAACGCUCAUUUUCAUGAAUCGGAAUAUCGUCGGGAAUGAAAGUACUUCGUCGUUUUUGUCUCCAGAGAUUAUAGAUACAGAGGACUUGUCAUGUACACCAGUGGAUAAGGAAAGAAAGAAGGAAGAAGGAGUACAAGCAUCUCCCGAUGUCAAGAAUGUAGAAACGCAGAUAUCUCUGCGACGACUUCAACCGAGUAUUCGGGAACGAGAAUUAAUACACGAAAAUCAAAGUCUGAAGAAGAAAUUGCGCCGAAGAGAUAUAAAACUUUUAAACCUAACAUCUGUGUUGAAGCGUUUAAAAAGUGGGAAGAAAAGAAAGAAGGAAGAAGAGGUACAGGCAUCUCCUGAUGUUAAGAAUGUAGCAACGCAGAUAUCUUUUACGACCACUCCAACCAAGUAUCCGGGGAUGAACAUUAUUGCGUGUAAAUCAAAUUCUGAAGAAGAGAUUGUGUACCGAAGAGAUAUAAAAUUUACUCAAACAUGACAGAUGUGUUAAAGCGUUUAAAAAAUACGGAAGCUGAAAAUAUAUCAAAACCAAUAAUAUUUGCUGCUACACGCCACCGUUAUGCCUCAAUAUUUAUUGAUAAUAAAUUUUACUAAGGUAUUUUUAAUUCGUUUUUUAAUAAGAUUUAAUAA